CACACUGACUCCCACACUCACUCACACCGCCCGCAGCUCACCUCCUCCCCACCCCAGCAUGGCCGCAUCCACCAUGUCCGUCUGCUCCAGCGCUUGCUCCGACUCCUGGCAGGUGGACGCCUGCCCAGAGAGCUGCUGUGAGCCCCCCUGCUGCGCCCUCAGCUGCUGCGCCCCGGCCCCCUGCCUGACCCUGGUCUGCACCCCAGUGAGCUGUGUGUCCAGCCCCUGCUGCCAGGCGGCCUGUGAGCCCAGCGCCUGCCAAUCAGGCUGCACCAGCUCCUGCACGCCCUCGCGCUGCCAUCAGUCUAGCUGCCAGCCAGCUUGCUGCACCUCCUCCCCCUGCCAGCAGGCCUGCUGCGUGCCCGUCUGCUGCAAGCCUGUGUGCUGCCUGCCCACCUGCUCUAAGGAUUCCUCUUCAUGCUGCCAACAGUCUAGCUGCCAGCCAACUUGCUGUGCCUCUUCCUCCUGCCAGCCGGCCUGCUGUGUGCCCGUCUGCUGCAAGCCUGUGUGCUAUGUGCCCACCUGCUCUGAGGAUUCCUCUUCCUGCUGCCAGCAGUCUAGCUGCCAUCCAGCUUGCUGCACCUCCUCCCCCUGCCAGCAGGCCUGCUAUGUGCCCGUCCGUUGCAAGCCUGUCUGCUGCAAACCCAUCUGCUGUGUGCCUGUCUGCUCUGGGGCUUCCACUUCAUGCUGCCAGCAGUCUAGCUGUCAGCCGGCUUGCUGCACCACCUCCUGCUGCAGACCCUCCUCCUCCGUGUCCCUCCUCUGCCGCCCUGUAUGCAGGCCUGCCUGCUGCAUGCCUGUCUCCUCCUGCUGUGCCCCUGCCUCCUCCUGCCAGGCCAGCUGCUGCCGCCCAGCCUCCUGCGUGUCCCUCCUCUGCCGCCCCGCGUGCUCCCGCCCGGCCUGCUGAGCCCUCUGCUCAGGCCAGGAGUCCAGCUGCUGAUAUGCACCCCUGCUGGGCCAGCUGGGCUCAGUUCCUGACCUGGGUUAGGUGGCUGCCCCCACCUAGGACGGGUCCCCGUGUCUCCCCUGUGCUGAGGUGACCUCCCCCUCCUUGCUCCCAGGAGCCUCCAUCCUUGCAGCUCCCCAGCUCCUACGUCCCAGCAGGUGCCCACCUGCCUGCUAGGUCCCCUGUCCUCCCUCCCAGCUUCUCUGCUCUGGGUCACUUGGCCUCGACUUGAACCUGUCAGUACCUCCUCCUGCUCCCCAGUAAACUCCCCUUGGUCACCUGAUUCUCUUUUCCUGUAGUGCUCCUGGGGACACAUGGUUUUGAGUUCAGAUUGGUCUCUAGCCGUGACUGUUUCUAUGAAUGAGUGACUUAACCUAGAAGUCACAGGGGACAGUGGCCUAACUCCUCCAGGGGGUCACCAGGUGGAACUCACGGCCACGCCCAGGAAGGCUCAGUCCCGGCUCAGCCUCCAUGCCUGGGUCUUCCUGAGCCUGGUCAUUGGCUGCCGUGCCCUGGGCUGUGGGGCUCUCCAGGCCCCAGGACCGUCCCACCCACUGUCCCACCUGG